AUGAUGACGCCAUUGAUGUUACCCAAGCUCAAUCUCAUGAUUCUUGUAUUAUGCCUUUUACUCUCUUUCGAUCAACACAAACGCACCACCACCAACAACAACACCACUACAUUCAAUUUCAUCAACACCAUUCCCUUGCAUUCUUUUUCCAGUGGUCCAGUUUCUUUAUCAGUAAUCAACAAUCACUAUUCUCAAUCACUUCUGCAAUAUGAUUUCUACCGCAAUUCGUGUCCCGGCGCUGAACGUAUCGUUCGUUCUGCAAUUCAUUGGCUUCAUAAAACGAAUCCUUCUUUGAUUCCAGCUCUUAUUCGUCUUGCUUUUCAUGAUUGCUUCAUUCAAGGGUGUGAUGCUUCUAUUUUGUUAGAUGAUGAUGAUUACAUUGAUUCAGAGAAAGAUUCACCUCCCAAUGGAAAUCUCAAAGGAUUUGAUGUAAUAGAAACCAUAAAAUCCAAUCUCGAAGAAGCGUGUCCGGGAAUUGUUUCUUGUGCUGAUAUCAUUGUACUUGCCGCAAGAGAUUGUGUUGUUCUGGCUGGUGGUCCAUUCUAUCCUUUGAAUACAGGCAGGAGAGAUGGUUCAAACUCUUUUGCUGACAUUGCAACAGAUGAGCUUCCUUCACCCUAUUCCGAUUUAUCUCAAAUCCUUGCAACCUUCAAGUCAAGGGGAUUUGAUGAAAGAGAAAUGGUCACUCUCUUAGGUGCCCACAACGUUGGUGUAAUCCACUGCAAUUUCUUCAAAAACCGUCUCUAUAACUUCAACGGAACUAACGAACCUGACCCUUCUUUGGACACUGAAUUUCUAAAUGUACUAAGAUCAAGAUGCAAUGAAACUGAUGCUUUGUCCACGUCAACAUCAGCAUAUACAUCUCCUACCUCACCUUCUUCCUUAAUUAAAGAGCAACAGAAAAUCACCAUGGACUCUGAGAAAUCUGUAUCAAAUUUCAGGAUGUAUGUCUCACCUUCUUCCUUAAUUGAAGAGCAACAUGAAAUCACUAAGGACUAUAAGAAAUCUGUAUCUAAUUUCGGGAUGUUAUACUAUCGCAACCUAUUGCACGGUAAGGGAAUCCUCUAUGCUGAUCAGCAGCUAAUGGAAGGGGAAAAAACCAAGUAUUGGGUUCAUGAAUAUGCGUCUAAUCCUAGUUUGUUCCAUCAAGAUUUUGCCAUGGCAAUGAUGAAACUCUCGGAUCUCCAGGUUUUGACAACGCCUAUGGGACAGAUUCGACGCAGUUGCUCAAAAGUUGCAUGA